CUUCAUCAUUAUCAAACACUAAAGCUAAACAAAACAAAACCCUCUCUGAACCCUAUCUCUCUCUCUCUCACACAUGGCUCUCUCCAAACCCACCUUCUUGACGCACCUCCGCGCCCUCGCCAACACCCGCCGCCGCCCUCCCUCUGCGAUCUCUCUCCGCCUCCUCUCCUUCUCCUCCCCGGAGGAAGCCGCCGCCGAGCGCCGCCGCCGCAAGCGCCAGCUCCGCAUGGAGCCCCCCCUCUCCGCUCUGAACCGCACCCAAAGCACCCCCAAACCCCAAUCCCAAUCCCAAACCCCCUACUACCUAAACCCUAACAACCCCAAGCUCCCGGAACACGUCUCCGCCCUCUCCGGCAACCGCCUCAACCUCCACAACCGCAUCCUCGCCCUCAUCCGCGCCAACGACCUCGACGAGGCCGCGCUCUACACGCGCCACUCCAUCUACUCCAACUGCCGCCCCACCAUCUUCACCAUCAAUGCCGUCCUCGCCGCCCUCCUCCGCCACUCCCGCUACUCCGACCUCCUCUCCCUCCACCGCUUCAUCACGCAGGCCGGCGUCGUCCCCAACAUCAUCACCCACAACCUCCUUUUCCAAACCUACCUCGAUUGCCGCAAACCCGACACCGCCUUGGAACACUACAAGCAGUUCCUCAACGACGCCCCCAUGAACCCCUCCCCCACCACCUACCGAAUCCUCAUCAAGGGUUUGGUCGAUAACAGCAAACUCCAACGCGCCAUGGAGAUUAAAACCGAAAUGGAUUCCAAAGGGUUCGCCCCUGACCCUCUUGUUUACCAUUACCUGAUGUUGGGCCAUGCUAGGGUUUCUGAUGGUGAUGGUGUUCUGCACCUCUACGAGGAGUUGAGAGAGAGGUUGGGUGGGGUUGUGGAAGAUGGGGUUGUUUUUGGGUGCUUGAUGAAGGGCUAUUUUAUUAAGGGGAUGGAGAAGGAGGCUAUGGAGUGUUAUGAGGAGGCUUUGGGGAAGAAGAAGAUGAGUGCUGUAGGGUAUAAUUCUGUGCUUGAUGCGCUCUCCCGGAAUGGGAGGUUUGAUGAGGCUUUGAAGGUUUUUGAUAGGAUGAUGAAUGAGCAUGAGCCUCCUAGAAGGUUGAGUGUUAAUUUGGGAAGCUUUAAUGUGAUUGUGGAUGGGUAUUGUGAUCAAGGGAGGUUUCAGGAGGCGAUGGAGGUUUUUAGGAAGAUGGGGGAGUAUCGGUGUAGCCCCGAUACGUUGUCGUUUAAUAACUUGAUUGAGAGGUUGUGUGAUAAUGGGAUGGUUGUGGAGGCGGAGGAGGUUUAUGGGGAGAUGGAGGGGAAGGGGGUGAGUCCUGAUGAGUUUACUUAUGGGUUGUUGAUGGAUGCUUGUUUUGGGAAGGAUAGGGCUGAUGAUGCUGCUGGGUAUUUUAGGAAGAUGGUGGAAUCUGGGUUGAGGCCUAACUUGGCUGUUUACAAUAGGUUGGUUGAUGGGUUGGUUAAGGUUGGGAAGGUUGAUGAGGCCAAGUCUUUCUUUGAGCUCAUGGUGAAGAAGCUUAAGAUGGAUGUUGCUAGCUAUCAGUUCAUGAUGAAGGUGCUGAGUGAUGCGGGGAGGUUGGAUGAGAUGCUUCAAAUUGUUGAUACGUUGUUGGAUGACAAUGGGGUUGAUUUUGAUGAGGAGUUCCAGGAGUUUGUUAAGGGGGAGUUGAGGAAAGAAGGGAGAGAGGAGGAAUUGGCCAAACUCAUGGAGGAGAAAGAAAGGCUGAAAGCUGAGGCUAAGGCUAAGGAGGCCGAGGCAGCCGAAGCUGCCAAAAGAAGUGCAAGAGCUGCAGUAGCUUCUUUGCUUCCAUCCAAGUUGUUUGGGAACAAGGAAACGGAUUCGGAAUCUAAACCAGAGGGUGAAAUUCAAGCUCUCAAUGAAGGUAGCACUGAUGCUACUACUUCUGAGGCAGAGUUGGCAGAGAAAACAACUGAAACUGAGGGUGAUAGAGAAAACAUCUGAGGUACCAGCAUGAGUUGGAACUUCUUGGUGCUUUAGGUGAGAGGUAUGAUAGAUAACUUGAUGGUGCUUGGAUGAGGAGUACCGCGUUAUUGGGGUGUUGGUCUAAACCUUCUCGAAACCCCCUGUAGUGGAGCAACAAGAUGUUGGAACUGUGAUUAUGGCAUGUUUUAUUUCUAAAAUGGAAUACUGUUUCUCUGGGAAUUAUGAUGGAUUUUCUUAAAUUGAAAGUGAAGCAAUAUUGACAUUGGGGUAGACGACUGGUUAGAAGAAAGAUGAAGCAACUUAUUUUAUUUUGUGCACUGGGGUGAGUUGUGAACAACAUUAUAGUGCGUAUAAAGCAUACUUCUUUUCA